GAUUGGUAGUUAAAAAAGUUCGCGAUCAAGACCGAAUUCCUAUGCUAGACGCGUUUCUGAUUUCAGAUCAUUCGUGCCUAGCAUGUCCAAAACGACUCUCGCCAUUGUCGCUGCGUCGUCUGCAGCUGCAGGCGCGUCGCUCAGUGCUUUGAUAUUCGCACGCUCGUCGAAGAACCAACCUACGCCAACGUCAACUUCGACACCGGGAGCCGCACCUUCAGUGCCCAGUCCGUCGAUCCCUCCGCCGGCACCAGCACCAGUCGCUGUGCCCAACCCUGUGCCAGUCAUCACACCAACGCAGCCUGCUGUAGCUGCUCUUGUCUCACCCGUCGAUCCAGCUGGGAUACUUCGAUAUGGCUUUCCAGGACCUAUUGCAGACACACUCUCGACACCAUCCCAUAUCUCCGCAUUCAACCGCUUCACUCGAAACCCUCACUGGGUAGCAGAACACUUCACAGCACAGUCUCUCCUCCUCAACAAUGGCUCUCGCCGACAUAGUGUCUUUUACGAGGACCUUUCCGUCCCUCCCAUGUUCCGCGCCAAAUUGGCCGACUAUGCACGAAGCGGCUACGAUCGAGGCCAUCAGGUGCCGGCGGCUGAUGCAAAAUGGUCACAACAAGCGAUGGAUGCUACGUUCGUGCUGAGCAAUAUGUGCCCUCAGGUUGGCGAGGGUUUCAAUCGCGACUAUUGGGCGCAUUUUGAAGAAUUUUGUCGGGACUUGACAAAGAGAUAUCCUAGUGUGAGAGUCGUAACCGGACCGUUAUACUUGCCCAAGAGAGACGAAAAGGAUGGGAGAUGGCGCGUGUCUUACGAAGUGAUUGGCAAUCCUCCAAACGUGGCGGUGCCGACUCACUUCUACAAAAUCAUCUUCGGUGAAGAAGCCGCCAACAGUCCUAAUGGGAAUGUUGCCUUGGGGGCAUUCGUACUACCAAACGCAGAAAUUCCUAAUUCGAAGAGCCUACGAGAUUUUGAAGUGCCCCUUGAAGCGGUUGAGAGAGCCAGCGGGUUGAUGUUUGCAGAGAAAUUGCCGGCAAGUAGAAAAAGGCAACUGUGCAAAGAAGUGAGGUGCGACAUCAUCGUUAGAGAGUUUGACAAGGCUAGGCAGGUACAAGCAACCAGACCUCAACUACCGCAACCUGGAAGCGGCAGAUGGUGAACUUCGAUGAACGAAUUUUCUCUCCUUUCGGCAUAGCGGUGGUAUUUGCAUGUGCAUUGUUCGGAUAUGGUUGGGCAAGGUGCUCAAGAAGCGACAUGACCUGGUUUCAGCGCUUCAGCAUUCGUAUGUACCAUAAUGGGAACUUGUUAACUCGUUUGUCGUUGCCCAUGUGGAGGUUCCCCCGUGAAGCCAUUAGCUGUUGCGCUCCUCGUCGCUCGUACCAGCCUGCUGAGAAGAAAGGUGCAGGACUAUGGUAUGAGAUCCAC